GUUCCUAUUGGGUCAACGCGGGAAGCUCCAAGAUGGCGGCAGCGGCGACCUGUGGCACCGGCACGGGGAGCUCUGGGUCAGUAGUUGCGGCGGCCAGCAAAAAUAACGUCACCAGUUUCCAGCGGAGGGGUCCUAGAGUCAGCGGUACCGACAGCGGCUGCUCUCGACUGCUGUCCAUCGCGGGGACACGACCGUCGGUGCGGAAUGGACAGCUGCUGGUAUCCACCGGGCUCCCAGCCCUGGACCAGCUCCUAGGUGGAGGUUUGGCCGUUGGAACUGUUCUUCUAAUUGAAGAGGAUAAAUAUAAUAUUUAUUCUCCUUUGCUCUUCAAGUAUUUCCUGGCAGAAGGAAUUAUCAGUGGACAUACUUUGUUGGUUGCAUCUGCAAAAGAAGACCCUGCUGACAUUUUACAGGAACUUCCUGCACCAUUACUUGAUGAUAAUUGUAAAAAAGAUUUUGAUGAAGACGUGUGUAAUCAUGAAACAACAGAAUCUAACAUUAAGAUGAAAAUAGCUUGGCGUUACCAGUUAUUACCCAAGAUGGAGGCUGGACCGGUAUCAUCUUCAAGGUUUGGUCACUAUUAUGAUGUAUCAAAAAGGAUACCUCAAGAACUAAUUGAGGCUUCAAAAUGGCAUGGAUUUUUUCUUCCAGAGAAAAUAUCGUCAACUCUUAAUGUAGAAGCCUGUUCUUUGACCCAUGGCUACCUAAAGCUGCUUCAGUUUAUCCAGAACAUCAUUUAUGAGGAAGGAUUUGAUGGAUCCAAUCCCCAGAAAAAACAGAAAAACAUUUUAAGAAUAGGAAUCCAGAGUCUUGGUUCACCUCUGUGGGGAGAUGACAUUUGCUGUACAGAAAACAGUGACAACAGUCAUAGUCUUACAAAGUUCCUCUUUGUUCUCCGUGGUCUUCUGCGAGCCUCUCUUUCAGCCUGUAUGAUCACAAUGCCAACACACCUUAUCCAGAAUAAAGCAAUUAUUGCUCGUGUUAGAAACUUGUCAGAUAUAGUAGUUGGUCUGGAAUCAUUUAUUGGCUCUGAGAAAGAAACCAACCCAUUAUAUAAGGAUUUUCAUGGUUUGAUUCAUAUACGGCAGAUUCCUCGGCUUAAUAACUUGAUCUGUGAUGUAUCAGAUGUCAAAGACUUAGCUUUUAAAUUAAAAAGGAAACUAUUCACCAUUGAGCGACUGCAUUUGCCUCCAGACUUGUCAGACACAGUGAGCCGCUCGAGCAAACAGGAUCUGGCAGAAUCCGCCAAGCUGCUGGACCCAGGCUGUGGCAUGAUGGCCGGAGGCAAGAAGCACCUGGACUUCUAGUGACUCCUCCUUAGUCAUUGCAUGCAGAAUUAUAUGACACUCUAAUUAUGACUGCUAAUAGCUUAUGUAAAUAUUUUUCUUAACGAUUUGACCCUCCAAUCCUUGAAAAACAGUUAGGAUUGCAAAAUGAGGCCACCGUUCUUCAUUAAUUUAACCAACUUUUUAUACAGAAACAGUACACUAGAAAUACUUUAAUUUUAAAAUUUUGUUUUAUGCUCUAUCUAGAGAAAAUAGAUAAUUUUAUUUUUAAACAAAAGCAAAUAAAAUGUCAGAAAUUCAA